GCCUUUCAAUAAAUUAUGCCUAUAAUUUUAGAUAAAACAGAUUCAUCGAACGACCAAAACACUGACAAAUUUCGUGAAAUCGAAGAAGCCUGGCAAAUCUUGAGAGAUCCCGAAGCCAGAAAAAAAUAUGAUUCUGAAUGUCGCCAAGCACAAUUGGAAUCACAAAGCAUUCUGGUUUUUGCAACAAUAACAGAGAAUGAGAUGGAAAUCACAGUGGAUGAUGAUACACUGAGCUAUCAAUGCAGAUGCGGCAGUUAUUAUUUGGUAAACCGAGAAGAUUUGUUGAAGAAAAAUUGCAGUCUCCACAUUCCUUGUCAGGAGUGUACUUUCGUCCUGAUUGUUCAGACGUGAAGUCAAAAAAUUAAUUUCAAACUCAAAAGGUAAAAUAAAUGUUUCAGGCACAAAACCUCUAUGAUAAUAAACCACUGUUAGGUUAAAAUAUAUUUGUUGAUUGUAAAUAGAAAUGAAAAUAUAAAGGAAGGUGGAAGAUUGAA